GGGGGGCGCCGGAUUAAAGGCCACCCUGGCGGGCGGGGACCGGGACAGCAGCCCUCACCCAGAGCGCACUCGGCUCCGCGCCGCCCAACGCGAGUCCCGCCGGCCCCGCUGGUCCGGCGGCCCCGGCGCGGCACGUCCCGCAGGGCGCAGCAGGUCUCUCGCGACCUGAGCAUCUGGGCAGGGCGCUGAGCGGUGGCGGCGAUGCCAGGGCGCGGGGCCCCGGGCCCCGGUUGGGGGCUGCUGCUGGUGCUGCUGGCGCUGGGCGAGCUGCCGCGGGCGCAGGGCGUCGAGGAGAAGCCUGGCGGCGCGCACGGGGAGAGCCAGGGCUUCCAGGUGGUCACCUUCAAAUGGCACCACGUCCAGGACCCGUACAUCAUCGCGCUCUGGAUCCUCGUGGCCAGCUUGGCCAAGAUCGGCUUCCACCUGUCCCACAAGGUCACCAGCGUCGUCCCCGAGAGUGCACUGCUCAUCGUGCUGGGCCUGGUGCUGGGCGGCAUCGUCUUGGCGGCCGACCACAUUGCCUCCUUCUCGCUCACACCCACGGUCUUCUUCUUCUACCUGCUGCCACCCAUCGUGCUGGACGCCGGCUACUUCAUGCCCAACCGGCUCUUCUUCGGCAACCUGGGCACCAUCCUGCUGUACGCCGUCAUCGGCACCGUGUGGAACGCGGCCACCACCGGCCUGUCCCUCUACGGCGUCUUCCGCAGCGGCCUGAUGGGAGACCUGAACAUCGGGCUGCUGGACUUCCUCCUGUUCGGCAGCCUCAUCGCUGCCGUGGACCCAGUGGCUGUCCUGGCAGUGUUUGAGGAGGUGCACGUCAACGAGGUGCUCUUCAUCAUCGUCUUCGGGGAGUCGCUGCUCAACGACGCCGUCACCGUGGUCCUGUACAACGUGUUUGAAUCUUUCGUGACGCUGGGUGGUGACAAGGUGACUGGUGUGGACUGCGCGAAAGGAAUAGUGUCCUUCUUCGUGGUGAGCCUGGGGGGCACGCUGGUGGGGGUCGUCUUCGCCUUCCUGCUCUCGCUGGUGACGCGCUUCACCAAGCACGUGCGCAUCAUCGAGCCCGGCUUCGUGUUCGUCCUCUCCUACCUGUCCUACCUCACGUCAGAGAUGCUGUCCCUGUCGGCCAUCCUGGCCAUCACCUUCUGCGGCAUCUGCUGUCAGAAGUACGUGAAGGCCAACAUCUCGGAGCAGUCCGCCACCACGGUGCGCUACACUAUGAAGAUGCUGGCCAGCGGGGCCGAGACCAUCAUCUUCAUGUUCCUGGGCAUCUCGGCCGUGGACCCUCUCAUCUGGAAGUGGAACACAGCCUUCGUGCUUCUGACACUGGUCUUCAUCUCUGUGUACCGGGCCAUUGGUGUCGUCCUGCAGACCUGGAUUCUGAACCGGUACCGGAUGGUGCAGCUGGAGAUCAUAGACCAGGUGGUCAUGUCCUACGGCGGGCUUCGUGGGGCCGUGGCUUAUGCCCUGGUGGUCCUUCUGGACGAGAACAAGGUCAAGGAGAAGAACCUGUUCGUCAGCACCACCAUCAUCGUCAUCUUUUUCACUGUCAUCUUCCAGGGCCUGACCAUCAAGCCCCUGGUGCAGUGGCUGAAGGUGAAGAGAAGUGAACAGCGAGACCCCAAGCUCAACGAGAAGCUGCACGGCCGGGCUUUUGACCACAUCCUCUCAGCCAUCGAGGACAUAUCAGGGCAAAUUGGACACAAUUAUCUCAGAGAUAAGUGGUCCAAUUUUGAUAGGAAAUUCCUCAGCAAAAUCCUUAUGAGAAGGUCCGCUCAAAAGUCACGAGAUCGGAUUCUGAAUGUUUUCCACGAGCUCAACCUGAAGGAUGCCAUCAGCUACGUGGCCGAGGGAGAGCGCCGCGGGUCCCUGGCCUUCAUCCGCUCCCCCAGCACGGACAACAUGGUCAACGUGGACUUCAGCACCCCGCGCCCCUCGACCGUGGAGGCCUCCGUCUCCUACCUGCUGAGGGAGAACGCCAGCGCCGUGCGCCUGGACAUGCAGUCCCUGGAGCAGAGGCGACAGAGCAUCCGCGACACGGAGGACAUGGUCACUCACCACACACUGCAGCAGUACCUGUACAAGCCCCGGCAGGAGUACAAACAUCUCUACAGUCGACACGAGCUAACCGCGGACGAGGACGAAAAGCAGGACAAGGAGAUCUUCCACCGGACCAUGCGGAAACGCCUGGAGUCCUUCAAGUCGGCCAAGCUGGGCGUCAACCCGCACAAGAAGGCCGCGAAGCUGCUCAAGAGGGAGCGUGUCCAGAAGCGGAGGAACAGCAGCAUUCCCAACGGGAAACUGCCGAUGGUGAGCCCCCUGCACGACUUCACCAUUACGGAGAAAGAUUUGGAACUUCCAGACCCUGAGGAAGCCCCCAGCUAUGAUGCCGAGGAGAUGAGUGGGGGGAUCGAGUUCCUGGCGAACAUCACGCAGGACACAGCGACAGACUCCCCCUCAGGAAUUGACAACCCCGUGUUUUCCCCGGACGAGGACCCCGGCAUCCUCUCUGCGGUGCCACCCUGGCUGUCUCCUGGGGAGACGGUGGUGCCCUCCCAGAGGGCCCGCGUGCAGAUCCCCCACUCUCCCAGCAACUUCCACCGCCUGGCACCCUUCCGCCUCAGCGGCAAGUCCGUGGACUCCUUCCUGCUGGCCGACGGCCCCGAGGAGCAGCCCCACGCCCCGCCCGAGUCCACACACAUGUGACACCGGCUCCGACGCGCCGCUGACUGGACGCUCGUCCCCGCGCGACGCCCCGCCCGCCGCCGAGAAGCCCCCGCGCGUGCGCGCCCCGAGCCCGGCCCCGCCCAGCCCCGCGAACGCCCCGCCCACUGUGCCGCCCGACCCCGAUACGGGAGCCGGGCCUGCUCCGGGGGCGGGGCCAGAGCGCCGCGGGCUACUUGGUGCGCACGCGCGGUCGGCGGCGGCGCGCCGCGUGCAUAGCCGGCGCUCUUUCCAGCGGCCACGCGCGCGCCGCCGUCCCGCGUUGCUCAAGCUGUCUUCGCUGCAGCCGUCGUGCUACGCGCCGCCGCACGCGCUGGAGCAGGAGGAGACGCCGCUGUGAUGGCCGCCCACCAGGGGUCUGCACGCACGACCUCGCCCCCCCGGGGGUGUGCCGCAGGCCGCGCCCCUCUGGGGUCUCCACCCCCCCCAUGGCCGCGCCCCUCGGGGGGGGGGUCUCCGCCCCCAUCACGGCGGCUUUCCCGGGAUCUGCAUCCAUUACCUCGCCCCGGGCGAUAACCUCGACCCUCACGACCUCGCCUUCCAGGGGUCUCUACCCCCGCCAUAGCCGCCCAUCCGGGGGUCUGCUCCUAUGGCCGUGUUCACCUGGGGCCGUGCCCUCCAUGGCCUCACUCCCAAGGGGUCUUCCCGUCGCCUGGAGUAGCCCUGGACGCUCACCCAUCCACUUGGGUGCUGGGGUGGGCAGGAGCUGGACUCCCCGGGGACCAGCUGUGCAGCAAGGCCUGAACCUCGGCACUGCAUGGGGUUCUUGCGGAGAGACCGCUGCGGGCCAGGAAGUGGGCCGUGAGCCUCCUCCACCUUCUGGGAGGCCUGGGCAGGUGCCCUUGCCGGGAGACUCCAUUGUGGGCCCUCUGUCCCCUGUCCUGGAUUUGAACUGAGCCGGCACUUGUGUGUUACUGUUUCCACAGUCACCCCUGACUCAGGGACAGUCUGUGCUUGAGUUCUUGCCACCAGUGUCCAUUCUCAUCACUGCUGGGGAAACUGAGACCCAAACCAGAUGAGAUUUGCCCACUGUGAUACCCACCCAAGACUCCAGGCCAGGCUGGCCUCUCCCAAAGCCCCCAGGCUUCUCACCUUGGGGCAGCCCCGACUCCAGGGUGGGAUGCGGGAUAUCUUCGUGUCCACUCACCAGGUCUUUGAACCACCUGUCACCUUAGGGACUGUAGGUACCGCCGCAGAAACAUUCUUCGUUUGCUCAUCCUUUUUGUGCUGAGAUUCCCAGAGCCCAGCCCUCGCCCCGCAGACACCCCAGUCUCAGUACGGUGGCUUCUGGGUCUGUAGGCUGAUGUGCGGAUCUGCUCACCACGUGAGCCGCUCACUCAGCCGUCACCAGGACAGGAGUGACACACGGUUUGCAGUACUUGUGCCCACACUCGCAGCCACUGUGACCCACUCUGUGAGCACAAAAGCCAGCCAUUGUCUGACCCACAGACCAAGGCACAUGCUCCGUCCACUCACUGCAGGAGUGGUUCAUCCAGAGCAGGCUGGCCAGUCCAGACUCCACAGCCCAGCCAGCCCGGCAUCUCCAGCUGCCUUAACAACUCCCCUGGACCCAGAUCUGAUUCCCGGCUGCAGGGCCAGAGGCUGAGCCGGGGAGAGCAGCUCUGGACGGCCACUCGACACAGUAGACAGUAAACCUGCAGGUGGCCAACCUCUCCUGGGCCGGCUCUGCAGCCGGUGUUUUCUGGGAUUGGGAGGCAGGCUCUCUGUGACCGGCACAAGCUGAGCACAGCAUCGUGAAGGUUCCAGGCCGGACAUUUCAACCUGAAAGACUGUGUUUGGUCUGUGACACGGUGUUAUAAACCCUAGUACUGUGGAUACAUUUCAUAAAUGAGAAUCCUAGCUGUUCUUGUCAUUGUAAAACAGAAUGUAAACAGUCUUAUGAAUGUAUUUCCUUAGGAAAACUUGUAAAAAUUUUUAUUAGGAAAGAAUUCUUAUUUAUUUAAUACCGAACUUUGGCCUACUUUGUGGUAGACCAUAAAGUACACAAAUUUAGGGGUCACUCUCACUUCUGUAUUUUCUUGAAAAUAAUUUUGUUACAGUGCUCACAUACUGUGUACUAUUGAUCUCUAUUGUUAAAGGAGAUUUAGUGGAGAAAUUUCACUGAAACUGGAAUUGGAAUGUAUUUUAAGCUGUAAGUGGUGAAGAUUGUGAAUGCUAAUUUUGUGAAUGUAGUCUAGUCAAGCUUGUGUGACCCGAAUCACAAUCCGCGUGCCUUAUCAAAGUCCUGCCCCAUGUGCUGUCGGCAGCGUCUGGGCAGCGCCCACCACAGACCCUACAACUGCUUGAUCAAGUCCAUUAAAAACGUUUCAAGGCGUUUGGGAGAAAACUUUGUUGACAAGUGAGAGUUCAUGUCAAGGAGGCUUUAAGGAGCCGUCUCCGGCAGGCAGACUGUAUCCUGGCCCUGAAAUUAACGCGGACGCGCCUGUGCGUGCGUGUGCGCCCGCGUGCGCGAUAGGGUCAGGGGUAGCGCAGAGGCUGCGGCACAGCCUGGGCCCUGGGAGCCAGUCCCUCCUCAGCAGAGGCUGGACACGCGCCACUCUGGCUUCUGGGGCAGGGGCAGCCCACCCGGCCAGAGUGGGAGGACCAAGCACCUGUCCCAGGCGUGGGCCUGGGGCUGAAAAGAGGUGGGUGGGGACAGCGGGGUCCAGAGCCUGGGGGGCAAGGAGGCGGCUCUGCAGGCUUGAGACGAGGCUGGUGGGGGAGGCAGCAAAGUGGGCGGACCCGCCCCUACAUGUCCUGGGGGACCCCGUCCCCCAGGUGGAGCCGCCCGGAGCUGUGGGUCAUCUCUUGCAGGUCAUCCUUGGGGCCUCCCUGCCAGAGACAGCCUUUGCUUUUAAUAGUUAAAAUUUUUAGUUUUACUAUAAAAAGAAAACAGCAAGUCCAAUGGAGUCCACAGACACUGUUUCCAAGAGGAGCCUGCCCAGUAAACUUACAGCCCUUUCCGUGUUGGGGGAAAGCAGACUCCCGCAAGGAGGGGCUCUGUCCUGCCGCUCCCCUCGCUCCCCUCGCUCCCCGGGGUCAGAAAGUAUCGCAAAGCAGGUGGCUUCAAACAACACUUACCGCAGGGAGCCGGCGAUCAGCUGAGGGCAGGGCUGCGCCGCCUCGGGCGCUUAAGCCUCCGCUGCUCCUAGGCGGGUAGCAGCUUCACCACAGCCCCGUCUCCACGUGGCGUCGCCUCGUCGGCACAGGCACGUCUGCUUAGGGCCCCCACCUCCACUCUUCCACAUCAGCUGCCCACGCAGGAGGGUGCGCGGGGCAGCUGGAAGCCCCCGGGUUGCCCCCCAGCCCCGACUGACUUCCUCGGGAAAGGAAGAAACCCCCUGCUUCCGGGCUCCGUCGUGGGGUGUCCUUGUUACGGCAGCGUUGACUGUACGUGGGCAGGUGCAGGGGGAGAGCACGCCUGGCAGUGCGACAGACACACAGGGCCAGGCGCCCCUCUCCCCUGCUUUUUGGAAACCCGCUGAGUAGAACUGAGAGUUGGAAAUUUCCUGACUUCAAAGACACUUUUCGACUGAAUGGCAGCGUUCAUAUGGAAAACCACCCGAAGGCUCGGUGAGUCUGCCACGGCCUGACAAGGUGAAGCUGCCUUCUGGCGUGGGCCGCAGGCUGUCCGUCCUGGUACACCCACUUCCCCCGCCGGGCACGUGGCAGCCUGAUCAAGAGGCAGGCACUGGCCUCCGGUGUGGGUGCCUGCUAGCCUUUCGCCCAGUGACCUGGAGGUGACCCUCCCCUGGGUGCUGGUGUGGACGCCACCGCCCACCCACCGGGACGUGGCCCUCCGCCGUGGCCCUCCCCACACCUCCUGGCCCCGCUGGAACACGGUGGCAUCUGGCAUUCAGCUCGGGGCCCACCAUCGCACAGGUGUCCCCAGCGACCGAGGGCCCUGCCUGCCCUGUGGUGCCACUGUGUAAUCAGAGCAAGGACAGCACAGGU